UUCAGGUUAACUAGGCUGACCUUCGGUGCAGGGGAGCAAGGACGACAAACUCGGAAUGGGGAACAUUGUCCAAAAUGCGUCUAAUUUUGGUGAAUUCCCAAAGGAAUUUAAUCCCCGAAUCCACGGAGCUUACCAAGCUGAUAGAUACUACGGAACACCUGACAAAGCAUUCUCUGAAUUGAAACUCGGUGAGGUGAUUCCGUGGAUGAAGAGGAGAGAUGCUUCACUGACAGGGACUGCUCGAUUUUUCUCAAGAAAACUUUAUGGUCAUCAGUUGAGGUGGCAUCUAUGUGCUAAAAACAGGGGAGUUGGUGUAGUCCAUUUUGCUCUAUUCUUCUCCUUUCUUGGCAUGUUACGAUGCUGGAAUCAUGAUCGUCACCUUGAUGACUUUAAGUACCACUAAGCCAGCACAAUACACAGUCCUUGUGAUAUGGAUUUAUUAUAGACUUUAAACAUGUGAAAAAAUAUUUCAAAUAAAUGUCUAGUGUUUCA